ACGUUCCCUCCCUCUCUCUUUCUCUCCUACGCUAUCGAUUCUCUCUCUUCCUCUCUCUCUCUGUCUCUCUCUCUCUCUCUCUGCAUAACUCACCGGGUUCGAACUUGUCAAUACCGUAACGUUGUUUUGGGACAUUUCAAAACCCUAUUUUCAGUUUUCGGAAUUUCCCAUCUCCUCGCCGGAAAACUUAAACCCUAGAUUCUUCUUCCUUUAGGUUCUUGGCAUCGAAAAUUUCGAUAUUACCAUGAUUUUCGAGAGGAUUUCGUCCGCUGAAAAUGACUAAGAGUACCUUGGAACCCGGGGGGAGCGGAGGCGGUGGCUUCCACGCGGUUCACGCGGAGCGUGACCUAGAAUCUAAUUGGGAAGUUGACCUCGCCAAAAAACUCGAGGAGUAUUUACUGAAAAUUUGUUCAGGGGAGAUCACCGGCGAGGAAGAAGGACAUAUUCCUGUGAACUUUGCCGAAGCUGCUUUACUGCUUCAGGGUUCCAUACAGGUCUAUAGUCGAAAGGUGGAGUACCUCUACACCUUGGUUUUGCGUGCUUUGGAGUUCCUUUCCCAGAAAAGACAGCAAGAUCAUGAAGAUGGGGAAUCGGUCCAACCUGAAGAAAUGGGUUCCCGUGCUGUUGCUGAUGAGGAAAAUGAUCAAUUCUGGGGCUUAGAUGACAUCCAAGUUGAAGAAAAUAAUUCCUUGGAUGGCACAACUGGCAAAGAAGUAAAUUUGGAUCACUUUAUAAAACCUCCUGCAAAUCUAGUUGUUCUUGAAGGUGACUGCUUGGAUGCUGGUGGUGAUGGAGGAGAAUUGGAGUCUUUUCUGUUGUCCACCACAGACCUGUACCAGGACUUCAUCUUAUUGGACACAUCUGAUGCUGUUGCAGUUCAUGAGUUUUUGGAGGGUACCAAAGCUGCCAAAACUCGAAAUGAUGCUAGUAGAAGAACCCCAGGUCGUAAAAGCUUUCUUUCUCCUGGACGUUCUGGUGGAAGUGCUCGUAGAUUAUCUGCUGCUAAGAGUCAGUGUGCGAAUUCCAACUGCUCCCCUAAACUUAAUAGUGGUUUUGAUGAUGAAAAUGUCCGGCCCAGUUUUCCUGCUUCUGAUGGUCUUGAUGACUGCAAUUAUGGAUUUGAUAUGGGUCAGGGAUGUGAGGCAUCUAGGGAUUCAGACAAUUCAGAUGACGAUAAUGAUGAUCCAUGGAAACCUCUAAAUCCUCAUGAACAGGGCAACUUGAGGGUGAAGCCAUUCAGAAAAGUUAAAAUUUUAAAAAAGAGUAACAUUAAUGUGAGACAACCAGUUCCUAUGAGCUCCUUGUUUCCAGUUGCAAAAUUGCAUGGCCCUAUCAGUCCAGAGCUCGUGGAACUGUGGGAGAGGCAACAUAAUGCCCAUGAAAAACAAAGGGAUUUUCAAGCUCCAUUCUAUGAGAAGCUGAGGCAAUCUCUUGUUAACGAGGGGAAUGAAACUGGUGUAACAUUUAACACUGAAGGGGACAGUGAUGACAUUGAACAUGACAGUGGAAUUCCUGAUUUUGAUAUGCCAGACAAUGCUUUCAUGGAAGAAAAUCUACCACCUUUCAAUAACGAGCCUGAGUUUGAUGAUGCUGAUGUCAAUGUUGAUGAAGCCGUAGAUCUUUCUCAGGCAAGUUUGGAAGAUCUUUGCCGCUCUCAUCUGAAUGCUCUCCUAGCAAGCAUUGCUGAAACUGAGAAGCAGACUGAAAUGGCUGCUAGGGUUUCAACGUGGAAACAAAGAAUUGAACAUAAUUUGGAAGAACAGGAAUCACAUCCACCAUUUGAUAUCCAAGAUUAUGGUGAGAGAAUUCUUGACAAGUUCUCUCUGCUCUCCCUUGAAGCAAGCAGUAGCCGUGUCCUGUCCUUUUCUGAUUUGGUCAAGGGUCAGGAAAAGUAUGACGUGGCCCGAAAUUUUUCUUCCCUUCUUCAACUGGUAAACAAUGGAGAAGUAGCUCUAGAAAGAAAUGGAAUUGAUGGGAAGUCUGUCUGCUACUCAUCUGUUAAUCCCUUUCAUGUUAAGCUCCUUAAGCAUGGUAAGGAACGGGAGGAUGCACAGUUUGCUUUGCCAAAAAAGAGAGCAAAGUCUCCAAAAAAACCCUCUACAAAAGGACAUAAGAACAAAUUUGAAAGAGAAAAAUCUCCCACAUCUUCUAGGAGAAAUGGAUCUACUGGUGUGUCACCACCAGCAAAUUGUAAACUUUCUGUAAAGCUUGGAAAGGUGAGUGCGAUAAAGGUAUCCCCUGAAGCCAAAAGAAGGCGUAGAUCACAGUAUGUUGAACCAGUUAAUUUACAUUCAGCAGGGUGACAGUGGCAAGAUCUGCGUAUUCCACCCUUCUCCCUAAAUGAUUCAAGACAUCUGCUAGAUGUCUUGGGCUUAGUGAAGUUAAGUAGUCAUUCUGUAACUCUUAUUUAUCACUUAAUACUAACAUCCAUCAGUUUGAGCCUGUAUUAUUAUUGUUGAUGACAUUAACACAUCCAUGUAAUGAUAUUCACAUGUAACACCGUAAAUUCUUAUUAUUGUAAUAACGUUUUGCCCUUGCCCAAUA